CCCGCACAUGACAGCUCUUGGCUGAGCAGCAGGCUCGCCACUGCAGCUUGCCUCACCUCCACCACAGCCGCAGCCGCAGCAGCAGUCGGCGCAGCGGCUCCAGCACAGGCACCUGGCCGUCCGUCUUUCGCCGCACAUCGGCCGCCCGGGCUGGAGCACGCGCAGCAUGGCGUCCUCCAGCCUGGGCGCGCUCCUCUACGGGCCGCAAGACCUGCGCGUGGAGGAGAUGGUGCUGGGCCCGCCAGGCGCCGGCGAGGUACAGAUUGAGAUCAAGCAGACGGGCCUGUGCGGCUCGGACCUGCACUACUACCUGCACGGCCGCAACGGCGACUUUGCGCUGCGCGCGCCCAUGUGUCUGGGACACGAGAGCGCCGGCGUCGUCGUGGCGCUCGGUCCGGGCGCUGCUGAGGCGUCAGGCCUGCGCAUGGGCUCCCGCGUGGCCAUCGAGGCGGGCAGGUACUGCGCCAGCUGCAAUCGCUGCCGCGAAGGCAGGUACAACCUCUGUCCCGACAUGCGCUUCGCAAGCAGCGCAAAGACGUUUCCGCAUCUGCACGGCACGCUGCAGCAGCGCAUGAACUGGCCGGCCAGCCUGGUGCAUGCCCUGCCGCCACAUCUGUCCCUCACUACCGGCGCACUGAUCGAGCCGUUGUCUGUCGUGCUGCAAGCACUGACCCGCACGUCCUUCGGGCCGGGCGAGUCACUGCUGGUCGUCGGCGCCGGCGCCAUUGGCCAGCUGGCGUGCGCCGCAGCGCGGGCCAGCGGCGCAUCAUUCGUCGGUGCGGUCGACAUCGACGCCGGCCGUGUAGCCUUUGCUGCCGACAAUGGCUGGGCGGACGACACGCUCGUGCUUCCGCUGCAGCGCGACAACAGCAGCGACAGCUCGGAGGCAGAGCCGCUGCGCAGCCGCGCCGAGGAGGACCGCGCGGCGAUGGAGCUCGUCAAGCAGCAGGCUGCCGCCGUGCAGAGUGCCUUUCCCUGCAUCGCAAGCAGCGGAGGCUUCGACGUGGUGCUCGAGUGCAGCGGCGUGCCGGCGUGCGUGGCGCUCAGCAUCUACGCGGCGCGAUCGGGCGGACGGGUGGGCCUGAUAGGCAUGGGCCACCCGGUGCAGACGCUACCCGUGGGCGCAGCCGCGCUGCGUGAGGUCGAUCUCGUCGGCGUCUUCCGCUACGCCGGCAUGUAUCCCAAGGCCAUCGACUUGCUCGCCAGCGGCGCCCUGCGCGCCAGCGGCUUCGGACGCCAAGCCACCGAGCCGCCGGGCAGAGCCAGUCACGCAAGCUCCUCGAUCACGCCCGGCGGCAUCGAGAACCUCUUUAGCCACCGCUUCCGCCUCGUCGACGCGCGCGCCGCCUUCGAGGUGCUGCGCGCGGGACGCAGCGAAGACGGCCGCGGCGUCGUCAAGGUCUUCGUCAGCGAGGAGUGAGCCGCGCGCGUGUCACUUCACCGCCAGCAGCACGGCUGCGCCGAGUCUCAGCGCUGUCUUGGGGGGCACUCCGAGCAGUC